UACAUAGGGUCCCCGCAAUAUUCCGCUAUACUAAUUAAAAAUAACAGUUUCAAAUUAACCAUUUUUCUUGCAAAGUACACAGAAAUAAUAUCAUAUUUUGUCCCGCACAAUUUCGUAUCUAUUAAAAUUCAUUGGGCAAAAUAUUCCUACGUGAGGACAGAUUGCCUCUCUUCGUCCGACGGCAUCGAUCCCGCGUUUUCGCGGGAAAUUGCGAGCGGCGGUCUCGUCGCGUACGUUAACCUCUGCCGAGUACGGUUUCGCACGUUUUCUUCCCGAGAGACGAGCUCUGAUAUCGUUCGCUAACAAUGUCGAGUCCCAUGAGAGCACCGAGGACUCCUACACCGCAGGAUGAAAAUCAACCGGUGAACGGUACACCGAGACGACAGCUUCGGACCCCGACUUCCAACAGGACCCGCUCGAUUGCUGGGACCCCUUCCACAAGCUCCGUGUCUACCAGACAAGGCACGCCUCAGAGACGAUCGGGCAACAACCCAGUGGAGACUCCGUUGAGAUGGGGCAAUCGUCGUACACAGGAAACUAUCGCGCCUUCGUCAGAGGGUCAUUCCUCCGUGCCACUGUCUUCUCCGAUUGGACUGACGCAGACCAGUCCCCUCGCCGCUGGCAUGAGCGAGAUAGAGCUGUCGUCUCCGUUGAAUUACGGAACACCCAGCUCCCUGGCAUCGGUUCGUACUCCCAGAAGCGGUAUCAGGGGUACACCUCUGAGGCAGAGACCGGACAUUCAGUCCGACAAGCGUAUUCGACAGGUCAACUUGGCUGAGCCGAUACCGGAGGAACCGAACGCUCCGCGAACGUCGGAGAGCGAAAGCGGCCCGCAGUUGGUUAUUUGGGGCACGAACGUCGUGGUGGAUCAGUGCAAAGCUCAAUUCAAGCGAUUCAUCCUGCGGUUCAUCGACCCGGAAGCGGAGAACGACGAAUUGCCGGAGAACAUGAACCUGAUGGAUCCGCUGUACCUGCAGAAGCUGGAAGAGAUACACACGCUGGAGGAGCCCUUCCUGAACGUGAACUGCGCCCAUCUCGAGGCCUUCGACGAGCAGCUGUACACACGACUGGUCUGCUACCCGCAGGAGGUGAUACCGGCCUUCGACAUGACCGCGAACGAGAUGUUCUUCGAGAAGUAUCCCGCGGCGGUGCUGGAUCAUCAGAUCCAAGUGCGGCCGUUCAACGUGACGAGGACGAGGAGCAUGCGCCUACUGAACCCGGAGGACAUUGAUCAGCUGAUCACGAUCACGGGCAUGGUAAUUCGCACGUCGAACAUCAUGCCGGAGAUGCGUGAGGCGUUCUUCAAGUGCAUCGUCUGCUCGUUCACGACCACCGUGGAGAUCGAUCGGGGCCACAUCGCCGAGCCCACGGUUUGCACGCACUGCAACAACAAUUACUGCUUCAGCCUGAUACACAACCGCAGCCACUUCUCCGACAAGCAGAUGAUCAAGCUGCAGGAGUCGCCGGACGACAUGCCGGCCGGUCAGACGCCUCACACGGUGGUGCUGUUCGCCCACAACAAUCUCGUCGACGCCGUGUCGCCGGGCGACCGGGUCUCCGUCACCGGUAUAUACCGUGCCCUGCCGCUGCGCGUCAAUCCACGGCAGACCAACGUGCGAGCUAUCUACAGGACGCACGUCGACGUCGUCCACUUCAGGAAGCAGGAUUCGAAGCGGCUAUACGAUCAAACGGAGGGUAAGGAACACACGUUCCCGCCGGAACGAGUGGAACUGCUGAAGCUGUUGUCGCAGAAGGAGGACGUGUACGAGCGCUUGGCGCGCCACAUCGCUCCCAGCAUCUACGAGAACGAGGACGUGAAGAAGGGGAUAUUGCUGCAACUAUUCGGCGGCACGAAGAAGAAACAGAGCGAGUCGAGCAAGAAGCACUUCCGUUCCGAAAUCAACAUACUGCUGUGCGGAGACCCGGGCACGAGUAAAUCGCAGCUGCUGCAGUUCGUGUUCAACUUGGUGCCGCGCUCACAGUACAGCAGCGGGAAAGGCUCCAGUGCCGUCGGUUUGACCGCUUUCGUAACGAAGGAUCCGGAAACGCGUCAAUUGGUAUUGCAAACUGGCGCCUUGGUGCUCGCCGACAACGGCAUUUGUUGCAUCGACGAGUUCGACAAGAUGAAUGACAGCACGCGCUCGGUGCUGCACGAAGUUAUGGAGCAACAGACGCUGAGCAUCGCUAAGGCGGGCAUCAUCUGUCAGUUGAACGCGAGAACGAGCAUCCUGGCGGCGGCCAACCCCUGCGAGUCGCAGUGGAAUAAAAACAAGACGGUGAUAGAGAAUGUCAUGCUACCGCACACGCUAAUGUCGCGUUUCGAUUUGAUCUUCCUCAUGCUGGACCCGCAGGAUGAAGUGUUCGACAGGAAGCUCGCCAGGCACCUGGUGUCGCUUUAUUACAAAUCCGACCUGGAGGAGGAAGAUGACAUCGUGGACAUGAGCAUCCUGCGCGAUUACAUUGUUUACGCCAAGGAGCACGUGAAUCCCGUACUCAACGAGGAUUGUCAACAAAGGUUGAUCCAAGCCUACGUGGAUAUGCGCAAGGUGGGAAGUGGUUAUGGGCAGAUCACGGCUUACCCGAGACAACUGGAGUCGCUGAUACGGCUCGCCGAGGCGCACGCCAAGAUGCGAUUCAGCAACGUGGUGGAGAUCGUGGACGUUGAAGAAGCGUGGAGGUUACAUCGAGAGGCGUUGAAGCAAUCCGCUAUCGACCCGCUGAGCGGCAAGAUCGACAUCAGCAUUCUUACGACCGGCAUGUCCUUAGCGGCGAGAAAACGCAGGCAGGAACUGGUCGAGGCGCUAAAGAAACUCAUUAAGAACAAGGAUAAGUCAUCGAGUCUAAAUUAUCAAAAGAUUUUCACGGAGUUGAAGGAAUCGUCCAGCGUGUUGGUGACGCGUGAAAUGUUCGAAGAUGCUCUGAAAGAGCUGCAGGAUAAUGGUGUUGUGGUCGUAACCGGCAAAAAUACUAUUCGUGUUUGUUAAAAUUGUCCACGUUUUGUUCGAAUUGUGCGCCUUUCCAUCGAAUUUUAAAGUCAUUCCGAAAUUUGCUGGCACAAAUUACGCGUGCAACGGUAAAACAGAGGUUUUAGUAACCGACAGUUAUAAAGAAAUUCGAUUUAGAUAGGAUAUUGCGAAUGUUACUUUUAUCCUUAAACCAGUUUCCAGAAUGCAAUUUUUGUGUUUAGCAGCGCAACGUAUAAAGUACAUUCAAAAUCCGACUGACACGCGCUUCUUCAUACGCUAAAUAUUUUUAGCAUUUGACAUUGGAUCCACUUUUUUACGAUAUAAUAUUUUGUUACCGUGUGAAAAGAUCUGCUAUCCGUCGCAGAAUCUUUUGGUGUCGAGAAUAAGUAUUAGCUUGCCAGUGGUCAGAAUCAUCGGAGGAAUAUAUUAAUUUGUAUUUUUUUAAAUAAAUAAUUUGUAACAUGUUUUUACACUCAA